AAUAGCCCUCGUACCACUAGGACAUUAGUUCGUGUGCAAGUAGACGAUUUACAUCAACAUUUCGGCCAAUAAUACAUAUAGGAACUGCAACACGAACAACAAACAGGACAACAACGAGAUUUCACUAUAAUUAUCAGGAAAAAAAUUGCAAAUAAAAUUGUAAAAGGCCAGGAGAUUUCAACUAGCCAUAGCCACGUAGCAAGCAUACAUAUAAUGUCCUUUGAAGCAAACCUUUAUCGGCAAUUUAAUUUACCUUGGGAGCAAGCAUCCGAAGCAGAAAAACAAGAAGCUCAAGAGCUACCUUCAACAUCAAAACAACGCUUGCCAACAGCAGAGCCUUUUGAACUAUCACCUCAGGUACCGCGCCCCAGCUACCCUCGCUUACUUCCAGAAAAACAAGAAGCUCAUGACUAUCCUCUCUCACUUCCAGGGAAACAAAGCCAGAACAGCUGCAGCAGUCAAACACUUUUCCCUGCACCAAUACUGCAAUCCAGCGAGCCAGUAGCACCCGGUACAGCCAAUCACACAUCCAGCAAACGCACACAGCCAGCCAAUCAACCCGCACCCAAUACGUUCGCCUACAAUCUCGUUCAACAAAUUGUCCAAACGGUAGGUGAACUUGAAAAUACGCUGUUGGAAGAUCAGCAGAGCGAUUUCAAUUUGCGUUUGGCUUACGAACGCCAAACAGAAAAACUAAAGAAUAUGUGCCAGUCCUUGGAUAAUGAAAAAGCGCGUAAUGUACGACUGAUGGAGUUAAUUCGUGGUGUUGAGCUAUCUACUUCGACGGAAGAUGAUGAACCGGAUUAUUCGCUUUCACGAUGUGGUGCUACGGAACGUUGGUCACGGGCAUCAGACGUAUAUGAAUCGAUAAGCCCGCUGUUGUUGCAACAGAGAUAUGAUGAACUCUGCAAUUCAUACAAACAAUGCCGGCGCCAACUUAUAAAAAAGGAAAAGCUUCUCAAAUUAAGUCGUUGUGAAACCGAGACUGCAAAAGCGCGUUACGACAAUCUACUCGAUGAAUAUCAAAUUGAACAAAAACGUUUUGAACAUGUGUGCUUAAUGUAUCUACAAUUGCAAGCAAAGAAGAAUUUUGAGCUCCAACGCCUACGUGACGCUCUUAACAGCGCAAUCGAGUGUAUAGUGAGUGCAGAGAAACUAAUCGAUUGCUUGGAUGAAGAGACGAUUACAUUGUAUAUGAAUCGAAAUAUUGCCAACUUAUGUGACGAGAAUGAUUUUUACAACGACCACAACACCGACACUAAGGAAACCGACCAUAUUGCAGCAUUUAAACAAAAUUUCGAGUUAUUUAUGAAGUCUUUGCGUCUCUGCCAGAGGGCUAAAAAAGUAGCAGAAACCAAUGCAAAUCAAUGAAUGGCCACCAUCGGAGGUGCAGUAUUGGCAAUAGGAUUCAUCAUUACAUAUUUGAGUGUAUGUGUAAAUAAAUAUAUAAUUAGAUAAAUAUUUCAACAGAGAUUUUAUAGAGGAAAAAAAAUAUAUAUUUUAUAUGAAUAUACUAACAUUU